CCUGUUGCUGUGGGCGCCGAGGGGGCGGAUCCGGACCGGACCGGCGAGGGGCGAGGGAAACACCCCGGGAGCCCCGCGCCCUGGCACCAUGCGACCCGCCGCGCCUCCUCCCGGGUCCCGGGUUGCACAGUCUGCUCGCUGAGCCCCCUGCGGUCAGCGCCUCGGAGAGUGGCAUCAAGAAGGUGGAAGAGGAGGAGGAGGAGGAGGAGGCCACACUCGGGAGAGCAGUGCCCGGACGGAUUCGGCCGCCCCUCCACCCUGGAGAGCUGGCGACUCCCGGGUUCCCCAGCCUUAUCAUGCACUGGGCGCCAGCCGGGCUUUAGGAGAAACUGAGACGCCGGAGCAAGUCGAGACAAUUCUUUGGUUGCUAAGUGUGAGAGAAGACACUCAGGAUGGCUCAGGGAUCCGGGGACCAGCGAGCGGUGGGGAUCACUGAUCCAGAAGAGAGUUCUCCCAACAUGAUUGUCUACUGCAAAAUCGAGGACAUCAUUACAAAGAUGCAAGAUGACAAGACAGGGGGUGUGCCCAUCAGAACAGUUAAGAGCUUUCUCUCCAAAAUCCCCAGUGUCGUCACAGGUACUGACAUUGUGCAGUGGCUUAUGAAGAACCUUUCCAUUGAGGACCCAGUUGAAGCAAUACACCUGGGAAGCCUUAUUGCCGCCCAGGGCUACAUCUUCCCAAUCUCAGACCAUGUUCUCACCAUGAAGGACGAUGGCACCUUUUACCGUUUUCAGGCUCCUUACUUCUGGCCUUCAAACUGCUGGGAACCUGAAAACACGGACUAUGCCAUCUAUCUCUGUAAGAGGACGAUGCAGAACAAAGCAAGGCUGGAAUUGGCCGACUAUGAAGCGGAAAAUUUAGCAAGACUCCAGAGGGCCUUUGCAAGGAAGUGGGAAUUCAUCUUUAUGCAAGCAGAAGCACAAGUCAAGAUUGACCGGAAAAAGGAUAAGACAGAAAGAAAAAUUUUGGAUAGCCAAGAACGGGCCUUCUGGGAUGUCCACAGGCCAGUGCCAGGAUGUGUGAACACAACAGAAAUGGAUAUCAGAAAAUGUCGGCGUUUGAAGAAUCCACAAAAGGUUAAAAAGUCAGUGUAUGGUGUGACGGACGAGACCCAGUCACAGAGUCCAGUGCACAUACCAAGCCAGCCAAUCAGGAAAACUACAAAAGAUGAUAUCCGAAAACAGAUAACGUUUUUGAAUGCACAGAUUGACAGACAUUGUUUGAAAAUGUCCAAAGUGGCUGAAAGCUUAAUCGCUUACACGGAGCAGUAUGUGGAGUACGAUCCAUUCAUAACACCAGCAGAGCCAUCUAAUCCUUGGAUCAGCGAUGACAUCACCUUAUGGGACAUAGAGAUGAGCAAAGAGGCCAGCCAGCAGCGAGUGAAGCGCUGGGGCUUCUCUUUUGACGAGAUACUGAAGGACCAGGUGGGGCGGGACCAGUUCCUCAGAUUCCUGGAGUCCGAAUUCAGUUCAGAAAAUCUCAGGUUCUGGCUGGCCGUCCAAGAUCUCAAGAAACAACCUCUACAGGACGUGGCCAAGAGGGUAGAGGAAAUCUGGCAAGAGUUUCUAGCUCCCGGAGCCCCAAGUGCAAUCAACUUGGAUUCUCACAGCUAUGAGAUAACCAGCCAGAAUGUCAAAGAUGGAGGGCGACACACAUUUGAAGAUGCCCAGGAGCACAUCUACAAGCUGAUGAAGAGUGACAGCUACGCCCGCUUCCUCCGGUCCAAUGCUUACCAAGAUCUAUUGCUGGCCAAGAAGAAGCCAGAAAGUGAGCAAGGUCGUAGAACUUCCCUAGAAAAGUUCACCCGCAGUGUGGGAUGGAAUUGCAAAAAGAGCAAGCAGCCCCCCUCUGCAGAAGGUUCACAGCUCAAGGCCCAGCGAGGAGCCCAGCCAUGGGUGGAACCCUGCGGCUGCUUUUCAAGGCUCUGAGGAGGAAGGGACCUUCCUGCUCCUGAGGCUGGGCCAUCUGUGCAUCUUCUACACAGCCUGGGGAGAAGGCCAUGAAACAAACGCUGAACCAAAUUGGCUGAGAAUUAUCAUUCAUUUAAACAAAAGAAAGAAGGAAAGAAAGAAAGAAAAUCCAAAUUUCCCUCUGUGAACCCCGACAGUAGUUGUGCUAGUGUGGGUCGUGAGCUGCUGUUGCUGCUGUGUAGACGGCUUUUGCUGUGUGCAGAUAGCAACUGUGCUGCAUGGGUUGGGGCAAUGUGGUCUAGCUGGUAUGUGUGUGUCAGUAGCCUCUGCAUGAGCCACAGCCCUUCAGGUCCCUUGUCAGUCUCAUUUUUAAUAGUGUGACCUAGAGAGGAAGAUAGAUGGUGAGUCCCAUAGCUGUACCAAGUACUUCCCAGGCCCAAGGUUUUAUAAAUCUCCUCAGUCCCUAAUUCUGACAAUGAGUAAAAACUGGAUACAGGGUCACUGUCCCUGCAGGGAAUUGGUCUUUCCACUUUAUACACUAGCUUAGAGACCCUGGGGCUCACACAGUGACACAAAUCAAGGCCAUGUAAGAGCAGUCCAUGAGAUCCCUAUGGUAUCUAUACCAUAAGAUUCUAUACCAUGACCCCUCAUAGCAUAGGGCAAAACCACCUCCCCUUUCUGAGCCUAAGGCUUGAUAUACACUGACUGGUCUAGAAGGAACCACUGAACUCUUGGGACCCUGCCUGUCUUGUUAAUGUCAAACUAGCAGCAACCAAGACAGCAGUUGAGAGAGCACAUAGAACUGGCCACCUCCCCCUUCCCAAAGAGUGGGGCCUACUGGUGCAAACUUGCCUUGUUUCUCCACCUCUGUCCAAGGGCAAAGUCCUUGUAUAACAUGACUACUGUAUCAUUAGUACCAUUGAAUUCUUUUUAAAUAGUCUAAGAAAUCCUGGGUUGAAAGCCACCUGGACAUUUUUCUGUCAUAGCAGGAUGCAUUCUAAUGGCCUUUAAAUGUGAUUUUUGAAUUCACCAAAUGUAUACAUCACAACACCUCAGGGAGAUGGCAAUUAAAAAAUAGAUACUCCUCUCCUUCUUCAUAGGUUUUCUCACAAGAGAAACCAGAAAAUGCAGACUGUGAGACCUGUUGGCCCCUUGUCCUAACAGCUGGUCUGCCAUGGUCCUGUGGUCAUGAAGGUGCACUGUCAGAGGCCAGGUCUAUGGGACCUCUUCUGCACCACAAUUGCUUUAUAGAAAGUGGUGUGGGGGAGGUCUUCCGACAUUGAGCUGAGCCCUAGCUGCUAUAGAUGGAGGAGGCUUAGAAUUGAGUUGACAAGUUAAGAGCAUGCUGUAGAGGACACUGGGACUCUCAGGUGCAAAUUGAGAAAACAAGAGAGUUUCCUUUGUGGGAAAACUAAGCUCUGGCAGCCCUGUGGAUGUUCCUCCAGUAGACUGUGGGGACUGAAGUAUAAGAGAGGAAGGCCUGGUACUUGGAUAAGAUGAGCAAACAUAUUCAGGUUGCCUUCCAUGAGAAGUGGGUGUUGGGAUGAGGAGCGGUGGUCUCAAUGAAGCUUCAAGGAGCAUCAAUUGAUGCCCCUCCUCAGAAGUACUGUUGGCUUGGUGGAUCUCUAAGGUCUGUUAACACAAGCCGCACAAGAAAGCACCCUCCCCUCCAUACAUUUGCCAUGCCUUGUAGAUGGAGAAAUGCUGUUGGGAAGCAGAAAAGUAGCCCAAGCACCUGAGAGUUAGGCAUUUAUGGACCAAAGGUUCAAAGUCUUAAAAACAAUUCGCUGAGUAUCUUUCCUGAAGGGAAGGCUCUACUAGGUGGUGAUUCAGGCUUCCUGGUUACAUGAUGGCCAUGGAUUGCCAUUGGCCCGUCCAUGUUCCUUGUGUACUAUGAGCAACACCCCGACCCCACAGGUGGAGCUAAGUCUAGGAACAUGGUCAUGGCUGUAGAGAUAUCAACUGUCUCAUAAGGCUACUCAAACUCGGAGCCCAAGAAUUCAGUCUCAACAUCCCAGUAUUUUAAUCAAACAUAACCAGCCAACCAAUAUAACGUGCAAUUUGGUAUCUGUUUCUGAACAUGACUGACAGACAGGAAGCAUUCAACUUCUCCAAAAGAAGAUUUACUCAUGUUUUCUGUGCUGUACACUCACCACUAACAAAGUAAAGGGCUGGUUCAGUAUCAUUCCCAUGCCACUGAUCAAUGAAUAGACUGUCCAUAGUCAUUGCUGAUAGAGAACUGGUAGGGGAAAGCAAGGCAGUUCACUAAUAAGGGCAUGGGAUUGACUGCCAUUGAGAAUUAAUCAAUGGUCAGAGGGUUUUAUUCAAGCAGCUGAAUAGCCUAGUCAGAUGGAGUCUUGACAGGACUGGAAUUCUCCCCUGAAGCAUGGCAAUGGUCUUUUGUUCCUUGACAAAGGAAUGACAUCCUCAGAGAGAAGCUGUCCAUUCUCUCCAAACCUAAGGGCAUACCAUGACAUGGAGGGACUGCCUGCUGAAAGUCAAAGACAUCGCUUCCAUGGGAGUAGUUGAGCAUGUCAUUGAGGUGUGUAAGAGGGUUUUAGAGAGCAGAGGGGGCUGGCCAUCCACAGAAGCAGUGCUGGGAGGGCUUCCCUCCCUCCAGUGAAGUUUCAUUUUAAGUCACCUGAGACUUUAAUGUACCAGAAAAAUAAAAUAUGGAGGGUAUCAUGCCAAACAUCAUGUUAUCUGGCAGACUGGAACUAGAGAGCUUACCUCAAACUCUGCUUAUCUGCUGGCAAAGGCCCAGGUUCAGAAUCAAAUGUGAAUGAAAGUUUUCAGUGGGCUGCAGCUAAUCCAUAUGUACUUUAACUUGGGAUGGAAAGCAGGACUCUCUCUCUGGUGAGCCCAGCUGCAUGGUACCGCUCCAGGUACCAUAGUCAGCCACAUGGUACCCCUCCAUCCAUUGAAAUCACAGGUUUUGGUCAUCUCAGCUUCCACUUGACUCUCAGAUACCCCUGUAUAGUUAAUUACCCAUUAACUAUACAGGGUUAUAAGUAAGCAGUGGCCCUAACUUCUAUAUCUAUCUAUAUCUAUCUAUAGAUAGGUCUAUAAUGCAUAGCAGCUUUCUAAGGCUUUCAAACAUGGGCUCAGGCCAAAGGGAAAGUCUGGAAUCCAAGAACUAGCCAUAAAAGGUGGAAGGUGCUGAGAGACCAAAGAAGGCACAGACAAACCCAAGAUUGCCCAGAACACAGUAUAUUAGGAACUUAGUGUCAGAAGCAUGCUCUGGGCAGCAGGAAGAUGAGAGAGUCCACACUCCAAGGUAAGGGGCAUGUAUGCCAAACCAGGCAAAAAUGGGCCUUGGCUAGGUCCCUGGGUUUCCCCAACCAUUCUUAAUGUGUCCUGUAUCAACUGAGAACCAGUCCAGGUGGCAGUGGCCAGCAUGAAUGCUUGGUUGACUAUCUUUGUCUUAAAGUUUUUAUUAUUUUGUUUUAUUUAUUUUAUUAAUGGGGUGUGGGGAAGUGUGAGUGUAGGUGUCCAAGCAGUCCAAAGAAGAGGGCUAGAUCCCUUGAACUCAGAGACACAGAUGGUUGUAAGCCAUCAGAUGCUGGUACUGGGGACUAAACUCAAGUCCUCUAUAAGAACAGUACACAGGCUUAAGUCCCUUUCUGAACUCAACACAACGUUCUCUUGUCUUUCUAAGCCCCCUCCUUUCCUCAAUGGCUACAAUAUUCGAAAUCCAUAUUAGGAAAUAACCCAGUGAUCCUUGUGGGCUGCCACUUUUGAGUCACCUUCUACACAGUCCUCUGGUGGGAAGCCAUGGAGGAGAAGAUUGUCUCCAAAGAAGGACUAUUCUCCACUGCUUAGUUCCUGCUAGCCUGCCAGACUCUUCCUGGUUUUUGUGGUUAAGAGAUAGAAGGGAGGAGGAAUGGGUGGACAGAACUGAAAGUCUCUCAUCAGUUUUGUGUUCUCUCUCUCUCUCUCUCUCUCUCUCUCUCUCUCUCUCUCUCUCUCU